GCCGGGAGUCUCCGACGCGCCAUUUUCAAAAUAGAGAUCUUCAAUAUCUUAAAUAUAAAUAUCAAAAUAUGUAUUUGUUUUCUUUAUUAACUCAAUGUUUUUUGUAGAAAUAUGGUAGAAAUUUGCGUUGUGAGAUGUUUUUCCUGUGAGACAUUCCAAGGACAACAGGUCAAAAAAGGAAAGAAAUGGACAUGUAAAGUUUGUGGUGAAAAGCAAUCUUUCAAAAAAAUCUUUGCUCAAGGAAAUGGUAAAGAAUGCAGACAUGUUGUGCAGAAAUUGAAUAUGAUGAAAGGAAGUUUGGAGCAAGAAGCACUUGAAGAAGAAUAUGUAGAAAAUAGUGGGGAAGUUUUAUGUUUUGAGGAAGAAGCCACCAAUGAAUUCUUUGUCAGAAGGAAAGAAAGUAAAUGGGAAAAAUUUAUUGGAGAGAAGAAGGCAUCAAUAAACACUAAUAUUGUUGAAGUGGAAGAUGGAAAUUUUGACGACAAUGAUCAUUCUUUCACAACUGAACGGAUGUUUUUGAUAAAUGCAAUAGUAAUCAAAUAAAAGAAAAGAAAAGUUGAGAGCUAAUGUGAAUGAAAGGAAGAAAAUUUCUCAUUCAAAUGAUGACAACAACUUGGGAGGAGGGCUGAAUGCAAAAUGAAUAUUUUUAUCUGGAAAUUCUCGACAAAAUGCUCUGAAUUGUGUGAAAACGACAGUGGAAACACCACGUGAAAAAGUUCCCAAAGUUAAUGUUUGUCAAAACAAAUUUUCCAAGUGGUCAAAAUAUACAUGAAUUAAAAUGAAAUUAAUAUAAGCACGAAACGCUUCGGUGUAUUUAUCGGACUUAUAAAUUGGUUAUUUUUCAUCGAAAUAUUAUUUUUAAAAAGUUUUGCAAAGUAAAAGUGGAACGCAAAGCAAA